AUGGAGGGGACAGAGAGCAGAAGCAGCACAGCCUCGUCGGUCAUUGCAGACUGGAGUUUGGUGUUUUGGACUCUGUGCGCUGUGAUCCUGCCGGUGCUGAUCACCUUGUGGUGCAGCUUCCAGCGAUCCCGGCGGCAGGUGUUAAUACGAGACAUCUUUCGCAAGAGCAAGCAUGACUGGCACUACACAGACCUCUUCGGGCAGCCCUCCUACUGCUGCGUGUGUGCUCAGCACAUCCUUCAGGGUGCUUUCUGCAACUGCUGCGGGCUGCGUGUCAGCGAAGGAUGCCUCAAGAAGGCUGACCAGCUUUUUCUCUGCAAGGAAAUUAUGAUGAGGAGCAAUGGUGGAGCCCACAGCUCUAUGCCACACCACUGGAUCAGAGGCAAUGUCCCUCUCUGCAGCUGCUGUAUGAUAUGCAAACAACAGUGUGGCACGCAGCCCAAGCUCUGCGACUACAGAUGUGUGUGGUGUCAGUACACUGUGCAUGAUGAAUGCAUGAUGGAUUAUUUAAAGACUGAGGAGUGUACAUUUGGAGAAUUCAGAGACUUAAUUAUUCCACCGUACUAUUUGUCUACAAUCAACCAGAUGCGCAAAGACAAAAGAACCAAUUAUGAAAAGGUAGUACCUUACUGCAGAAAACACUGGAUGCCAGUAAUCAUACUGGCUAAUACUCGUAGUGGAAACAACAUGGGUGAAACUUUACUAGGAGAAUUUAAAAUUCUGCUGACCCCCGUUCAGGUUUUUGAUCUAAGCAAAAUUGCACCUGCUAAAGCACUCCAGCUUUGUACCUUGCUGCCGUGCAACGCUGUCAGGGUUCUGGUCUGUGGUGGGGAUGGCACAGUAGGCUGGGUCCUGGAUGCAAUUGAUGAAAUGAAGAUAAAGGGGCAAGAACGUUAUAUUCCACAAGUUGCAGUUUUACCUCUGGGAACGGGUAAUGACCUGUCUAAUACACUGGGCUGGGGUGCAGGUUAUGCUGGAGAAGUCCCUGUUGAACAAAUCUUACGAAAUGUCAUGGAGGCAGAUGGAAUCAAAUUAGACAGAUGGAAGGUUCAAGUAACAAACAAAGGAUACUACAACCUAAGGAAACCAAAGGUAUUCACAAUGAACAACUACUUUUCUAUAGGACCUGAUGCUCUCAUGGCUUUAAAUUUUCAUGCUCAUCGUGAGAAGACGCCCUCUCUGUUUUCCAGCAGAAUUAUUAAUAAGGCUGUUUAUUUUUUUUAUGGAACCAAAGACUGCUUAGUACAGGAAUGUAAAGAUCUUAACAAAAAGGUUGAGCUAGAGUUGGAUGGUGAGAGAAUCGAGUUGCCCAAUUUGGAAGGCAUCAUUGUCCUGAAUAUUGGAUAUUGGGGAGGUGGCUGUAGGCUCUGGGAAGGAAUGGGUGAUGAACCUUACCCCUUGGCGAGACAUGAUGAUGGACUUCUGGAAGUUGUUGGUGUUCAUGGUUCUUUCCACUGUGCCCAAAUUCAGGUGAAACUAGCAAAUCCUGUUCGCCUAGGGCAGGCACAUACUGUGAGGCUGAUCUUGAAGAGUUCAAAGAUGCCGAUGCAGGUGGAUGGAGAGCCAUGGGCUCAGGGGCCCUGCACUGUUACCAUAACUCAUAAGACACGUGCACUGAUGUUGUAUCACUCGGGUGAACAAACAGACGACGAUGCUUCCAGCGUGUCUGAGCAAGACCACGUGAGAGAACAGACAGAUGAAGAUGUAUAG